AUGGAAACUCUAGAAUUAUUUCCUUCUGAAUCUGAAAUGAUAGCUUCAUCAGCUCUUCUCAGUCUCUCAUCUCAGAAAUCUUCUGCAACUAAUUAUUGUUUUAUCUCAUCGAUUUCUUCUUCUUCGUCAUUUUCUUCAAGGUUUAGCAAUGGACUUAAGAAGAUCUACAACAACAACAUAAAUGAAGAAGCUAAUAAGUCAUUCAUCAGUGAUUCAAAAUCUGAUUCUUCUUCUUCUUCUUCAGCUCUGACAACAACUAAUUAUGAAGAAGCAGCAGCAGCAGAUAAUAAUAUUUAUAAUUCAUUUGAAGAUUCGGUAUCACCAAGAUCUGAUAAUCCACUAAGAUUUCUCUCAAUUGCAGCUAAUUUUCAUGAAAUAAAUAACCUCAAGGUGGUAAAGAAAAGCCGAUCAAAAAUUCAUAAGAUCUGUGAUAUUCAGAACAAGAAUUAUAAGGCGGCGGCGGUGGCAAGGGAAACUUCAAAGUCUGAGUCGGCUACAUCAACGUUAUCAAGUGAGCCAAGUGUGGUGAGCCGUCAGUCACAUAUUUCUUUUGACCGCUUUCAUGCUGCAAGGAGGAGGAUGAGAAGGACUAUUGCCUCUACUGCUUCCAGUCCCCAACCUAGUCCUGAAUUAGUAGUUAUGACACCACCUAACAUCAUACGCCAAGCUGAAGCCAUACUCAAGGUUCUCUCUGCUAAUUCUGCUGCCAUUUCAGAAAUUGAGAUUGGUCGAGUACUUGGUGACAACCCUACCACCAGUAAAGCCCUCAGAAUUUUAUUAAAGGGGAAAGUAGUCAAGAGAUUUGGCGCAGGAGGCUACAGUGACCCGUAUAUUUACAUGGUAGAGAAAGAGGUUGUGAUGUUGAGAAGGGAGCAUUCAGUUUUGGAGUCUCCGGUGUUCCUGCUCUCUAGCUAGUUAGAAACAGUUAUCAAUUAGUUUUGGUUCACCCUCUAUACUGAUUACACUUAUCAUACGUAUACUUAUUAUCAUAU